GGCCAUACAACACCAUUCACUCAUGCAAGCCUCAUUAAAGAUCAAGAGAUCAAGAAACCUCCAAAGGUGUUAAGGUCAAGCAUUGAAAGUGACCCGAAUCUUGUUGAUCUAGGCAACAACUCAUUCGUUCAAUCAGCAUUCAAAGCAUAUAGUCAACACCUACAUCUUGUGAUUCGACCGGAUGAUGUGUGGCUGGCACUUCUCACUCAGUUCUCAAUUUAUGUCAAUGCCAACUCUGACCAGUUGAGGUCAAAGGUAGUACCAUUCGAUGACAAGCGUGAGCUAAUAGCUUAUAUCGAAGGCAUAUCCACCGAACCAAUGGAUAGAAUGACAGGAAAAUUUAGUGAUCUUAUCGCAGAGAAUAUCAAGGAUCCAUCGAUAAGAGAAUGGGUGUUACCCUCCUUCACAACGACGACCAACAAUGAUCGUGUUGUUGGUACAUUCGCAUUAAUGUCCACAUUGAAGUCAUACUUUAAUUAUACAGUGAGGUCCAGGUGUGGACUGCCCAAAGUGACCAUGAUGGGCACUGUGGACGACUGGAAACAAGUUCGUCAGCGUGCUGAACGAUUGAUCGAGUUCGAUCUCAAGGACAAUUUGAUGUCCAAGUGGCUAGAUAUGUUACUUCCUGUGUUGGACAACUUGGUCAUGUCAGCCGAGGGCAAGCCCGACACUGUUUGGUGGAACAGGAUUGCCAACAAAGUUGGACGUGGGUCUGGAGUAUCCAAUCUAUCAGGCUGGAUCACAACAUUCAUCCCAUUCACAAACAAAGGUGUAUGGAAUGGUGAUCAUAAGCAUUACCAAAACUUUGGAAUCGAUUGUCCUAAGGUAGCAACUACAUGGCCAGUGAUCGACACUGCAAAUAUACCAUGUGGAUACCUAACAUGUCCACUCACUGUGCAGGAUAAACCUGGUAGCAUCCCAUAUGAAACCGAUAUCUACGCAGGACACAUCGUAUCAAAGCUGACCAAUGAUAACAAUACAAUCAUUCCACAAUUGGAUUGGUGCAUAUUGUUGAAAUAA